AUUACGAUCUACGGCAGCGUGCAUGAGGAUGUUGAGAGGAUCUGCAGGGAGAUUGAGGAGGGGCGGAGGGGCUCGUUGACAUGCCUCUCGAUGGCAAAGCUUCAAGUGUACUCAGUCCCCGCAGUCGCUAAGAUGCUGGGCACCAACACGUCGCUCUUGAUGCUGGACCUGAGCAGGCAAAGGAUGGGCUGCCUAGGGGCGACUGAAGUUUGCGAAGCUCUAAUGUCCAACAAGACGCUGCAGACGCUGGAGCUCUCUGCGAACCCCAUCCCCUUCAAUGGUUCCUGGAGAUCCGCGUCCUCGAACAGAGGCCUCAUGCGCCUGGCGGAACCUGGGGCUUCUGCUCUUGCCCGCCUCCUCUCCAGCAAUCGCUCGCUGACCUCCAUCGGGCUGGCUCAUAACGCGAUAGGAGACGAAGGAGCCCAGAACUUGGCAAGAGGACUCACUUCCUCCCCAUCAAGCAUCUGGAUUUAUCCUGCAACAUGAUCGGACCUGAUGGCAUGAAAGAGCUAACCAAGAUCUUUCCUCGUCUCUGCCAGCUCGAGGUACUUGACCUUCGAGGCAACCCUAUCCGAGAUAAAGGAGCGAAAACGCUCGCCUUAGGGCUGCAGAAGCAUACCAUGCUGCACAGGGUCGGAGUGUCUCUGCCCACCGAUCUCGGCUCGAGUGGAUGGAGGAGACUUGCGGACCUCGUUGGCUCCACCUCGACGCGCAUGGAGAUCCCGCAGGCCAACAAGCUCGCGGCCCUCAUGGGCCUGCAGAAGAGACUCGGCCAGUCCUCGUGGCUUCACGUGCUCGACACUUCAAUCAUGCAGCUCAUCCUCCUCGCCACGGCGACGGAUCGGCCGAGGAGCUUCAUGGACGAGGAGGAGAGAGUCUGUGUCUUCAUCCCGCCGGACGAUUCCGAGGAGCACAGCAGCAUGUAUGGGACCUGCGACCUUGCGGGUUUGUAAUAUAGUAUACAAAGAUUGU